AUGUCAUUACAAAGUAUGCUGGAGUUAGAGGUAUUUGAUUGUUGGGGGAUUGAUUUCGUCGGGCCUUUAUCGUUAUCUUUCAACAAUGAAUACAUCUUAUUGACGAUUGAUAACGUAUCCAAAUGGGUAGAGGCUAUUGUGUCACCUAAAGCAGACAAUAAAACAGUGGUGAAAUUCUUGAAAAAAAACAUCUUCACAAGGUUUGGUACACUAAGAGUGUUGAUUAGUGAUGGAGGCUCUCAUUUCUACAAUGCACAACUUGCAAGAGCUCUUGAACAUUACAGAGUAAAACACAAGGUUGCAUCACCAUAUCACCCACAAACGAAUGGACAAGCAGAAGUAUCUAAUAGUGAAAUAAUGAGAAUCUUAGAAAAGACAGGUAAAGCUUGCCAUUUGUCGGUUGAAUUAGAACCCAAGGCUUUUGGGGCUUUAAAGUCUCUCAAUUUUGAUUCACAACUAGCCGGUGCAAAAAGUAAACUACAUAUGCAUGAGCUUGAUGAACUAAGGCUGCAAGCGUAUGAAUCUUCAAGAUUAUACAAGGAAAGGGUGAAAAGAUAUCAUGAUAGUAAGAUUAUGCCCAAGGAUUUCAAAGUAGGACAGAUGGUUCUACUCUUUAACUCGCGGUUGAGAUUAUUUCCCGGAAAACUUAAAUCAAAGUGGUCCGAAACUUUCCAAAUAAAGGACAUCAGGCCGUAUGGAGAAAUUGAACUGGAAGAUCCAACCACUAAUGCAACUUGGAUAGUUAACGGCCAACGGCUGAAGUUAUACGUACGUGAUGAGAUUGAUCGAGUCCCCACCUCAAUUUCGUUGAACGACCAUAAAAGCAACAAUACGUCAAGCUAA